GAUAUUUUUCUCUUUGUAGCAUAUAGAUAAAAUUUGUGGUUUGCCUUAGAAACAAUGAUCCGACGGUGGAUUCUUUGCGUGAUUUCAGUGGUAGUCGUUAUGGUUCGGGCGCAGAGCAGUUAUAACAGUUCACCAGGAGUGUGCACAUCCCAGAAAAUAGAUCACAGCAAUCUAACCGGCGAAGCGCUGUAUCAAGCGAUACUCAACGAUUACAUCGCCACUAACACGCAGCUAAACACCAUCGCAACGGCCAACAUGAACAGAACCCUGAACAACCAGACGGAUUUCUUCCUCAACGUCAUCGUAACGUCCGGCAAGACAAUUCAACUGAUCAUUGAUCUGGGCUCUGGCAAGCUUCCCAUUAAUUUCAACAGCUGUUACGCCGUGAUCAGCAACAGCGGCACUGUAUUGGACGCCACUAUCCAGCACGCCAAUGACGUGAUUACCGGUGGAACAUGUGAUCAACUCACCGGCGAAGCGAAGUAUCAGUAUUUGUUGCAACAACUGGGACAGUUCUACACCCAGGACUUCGCCAUAGCUGACGCUAAUGCCGCCAACCCCAAUCCGUAUCCGGGAACGUAUCUGCAGACGCUGCUGGAUGCCGCCAACAAUACCCGCAAAAUGCUGGAUCUCUGGCAUAGCAUCCAAGCGGGCACGGCCGGUGCGUUCAAUGCCACCGUGUGUGAGCUGCUCACCGGGGUAGUGGCGCUGUCCAAUUCGCCCCAGGUUAAUAUAUCGUCAUCGCUGGGCCGACAGAAAUCAGCCGACCAUUUCGACGGGAAACUGAUUCCGUUCUUCAUGGUCUGAUACGGAUCGAAACAGAUUUAUUAUUAUUUUUUACCUUGUGGCUUCUUACCUAGCUAACAUUGUACAGCAUUAUGCUAAAACAGUAAAAGUACUUAGCCUUUUGGCUCG